UUAGAUCUCUUCAAAUGAUCUAAACACUCCCACAAGCAUUCAUCAAUGGCUUCUCUCCAGCCAUCCAUCGGCGAAAACCACAUGUCCGAUGAUCUUCUGAUUGCCGCCGUCACGAAAAUUCAUGUAAGCAUUUGCAAGCUAGAUAACCUUAGGCCAUCCAAGCAUGUAAAUAGCCUCCUAACCCAGCUAGUGAAGCUAUGCACCCUCCCAUCUUCAAUAGAUAUCAAGAACUUACCUGAAGAAGCACAACAAAUGCGCAAAAAUCUCAUCCGACUAUGCGGGCGGGCUGAAGGCCUACUUGAACUCGAAGUCUCCUCUCUCAUAACCAAAUUCCCCCACCCAAUGAGCCACUUGAACCUCUACCCUUACUAUACUAACUAUCUCGAGCUCGCCCAUAUCGAACACAAGAUCCUCUGCGACAACGGCAUCGUGCAAUUCAAGAGAGUGGCCUUUGUGGGGUCCGGCUCGAUGCCCCUAACAUCGAUUAUCAUGGCCACCCACUACAUGAAAUCAACGUAUUUCGAUAACUACGAUAUCGAUGAGUCGGCGAACCAGCUGGCGCGACGGAUUGUUGGGGUGGACAGUGAUCUAGGGAGGAGGAUGAGAUUCAAAACAUGUGAUGUGAUGGAUGUGAGGGAGGAAUUGGGUGGUUUUGAUUGCAUGUUUCUUGCAGCAUUGGUUGGGAUGAGUAGGGAAGAGAAGGUGAGGAUACUUGGGCAUAUGAGGAAGUACAUGAAAUGUGGAAGUGUAUUGGUAGUGAGGAGUGCAAAUGGGAGUAGAGGAUUUUUGUAUCCAGUGGUGGAAGAUGAGGAUUUGGGUGGGUUUGAAAUUCUGUCAGUUUUCCAUCCAACCAAUGAGGUAAUUAAUUCAGUAGUGCUUGUGAGAAAGCCCAUUGUCUAA